GGUUAAUACCUAUACAUUAUGCAAAUGCUGAAGAUGUUACCGGCUAUAUAAGCUCAUCCGCUCCUAAUUCUCAUCACUCAGUACCUUCAGAGCCAUUCAGCCAUGUCCAAGUUGGUUAUUGUAUUCGCACUCAUCUGUUCCGUUUUCGGUGCCGAAAUCGGAUCUGCACCGAAACAUGCCGAACCCGAAGUGAAAGCUCCGAUCGCGGCUGCUCCCGUACCAACCCCAUACGCGGCCUACAACCCGUACGCGGUUCAAGGCUUCCCAGGACACUACCCAUACCACCACGGAUACAGCGGUUUCCCUUACACUCACGGCGCUUACAACGCCCACUACGACAAAUCCGUCUACCCGUACGGCGCCCACUACGACAAAUCCGUCUACCCGUACGGCGCUUACCAGCAUCCUUACCACUACAGUGGAUACCCGUACCCAACUGGAGCACCUCUCCAAAAAUCCGCCGCCCUCGCAACUCCUUACUCGCACUUCGGAGCUCAUCCUUUCGGCGCCCCAAGCCCCUUUGGAUACCCCGGAUACGGCGAUUUCUCGCGACCAGCUCAUUUUGGACGUAGCGUGGCACCUAAAGCGUAAAUAUCCCAUCUAUAACAACUCCUUUUAAAAUGUAUAGCCUUCAAAAAUAAAGUACAGUAAAUACAUCAA